UGUGUGUGUGUUAAACCCCUCCUCCCCCUCCUCCUGCCUCAGUUACUCCUUCCCCUUCCUCUCUUACCCUCUUUGUGUCCAUGCUGCUCUCUUCCUCACGAUCACUCGUCUUCUCUUCACACGUUUAGAGGAAGUCAUCCAUCCAUCCGCCAUCUCUCAAUCCUACAUCACCAAAGCAGAAGAUUUUGGACUCUAGACAAGGAUAAAGACAGCAGUGUAGUGUAUCUGUGAGUGUGUGUGAGUGGAUGUGAGUGUGUGUGCACUCACCCUGAAAGGAAACACUCUCAGUCUGGUGAAUGGAUUAAGAGGGACAGAGUCAAACUGGAGCGGAAUAAACGUGUGAAAAAACGGAGACGGACUGGGAAAGAGUCCCUCCAUCCGCACCAUCCGAGAGAGAGAGCGAGUUCUCGCUCCAGCACCAGGACGAUGUCUCCGAAAGACAACAAACCCAAGAAACCACCGAAACACAGCAUGAGCUUACUGCCUUGCUUUUACUUUGUGGAGUUGCCCAUUGUUGCCUCCUCGAUGAUCUCUCUGUACUUCCUGGAGUUAACUGAUGUCCUCCAGCCGGUUAAAUCCGGUUUCCGUUGUUAUGACCAGUCUCUGAGUAAACCGUAUGUGGAGACGGGAGAUGAGCUCAUCCCCCUGCUCAUGCUCCUGAGUCUUGCCUUCGCUGGUCCUGCUGCCUCGAUCAUGCUAGCUGAGGCUUUGAUGUACUGCAUGCAGUCCAGAGUAAAGUUUAGUUCUGAAGGCAGCAUCAAUGCCAGUGGCUGCAGUUUUAACUCCUUCCUGCGCAGAACUGUGCGGUUUGUAGGUGUGCAUGUGUUUGGGUUAUGUUCUACAGCACUAGUGACAGAUGUGAUACAGCUGUGCACCGGUUAUCACACUCCCUUCUUCCUCACGGUCUGUAAACCUAACUACACUUUGCCUGGAGUCUCCUGUCACAAAGACCCCUACAUCACUCAGGACAUCUGUUCAGGACGAGACCAUUACGCAAUCCAGUCUGCUAGGAAAACUUUCCCGUCCCAGCAUGCAACACUCUCUGGUUUCUCAGCUGUCUACAUCUCUAUGUACUUUAACGCCACCAUCUCAGACAGCACCAAGCUCCUGAAGCCUGUGUUGGUGUUCAUCUUUGCUAUAGCAGCUGCUCUGGCGAGUCUCACACAGAUCACACAGUAUCGCAGCCACCCCAUCGACGUCUAUGUGGGAUUCGUCAUCGGAGCCGGAAUCGCAGUUUAUCUGGCCCUUUACGCUGUUGGAAAUUUCAAACCUUCCCUGGAAUCAUCUCCUCGGGUCCUGAAGAAACCUCCUCCACCUCAGAAAGACGCUCUUCAUGCUUUAACACAGCGUGGCCACGACUCUGUCUACCAGAAAACACACGCGUCCGAGAGCAACGACGAGCUGGCAGUGCCGGUGGACGUAACCGGGAUUAACCGCAAAGUCCGGCGUGAGAAAGCCUCGAUGGGAAGUCUGAAACGAGCCAGCGCUGACGUGGAGCUGCUGGCACCAAGAAACCCCAUGGGUAAAGAGACCAUGCUCACUUUUAGCAACACACUUCCCAGAGCCAGUGCCAAUGCAAACGGCAUGGACGAACCCACACAGAGACACAUGACAUUCCAUGUACCCUCAUCCAAAAAGCUGGUGUCAGAGUGGAAGCAGAAGUCUCUGGAGAUGCGAACUCUGAGCUUGAGAGAGGACGGCCAACAGGGCGGCUCCAUUGACAUAGUAGAAGAAACAAAUGAAGAGUCCAAGGAGAACUUGGACAUGGACUUGACCACUUCCUUGUAUCCCGAUGUUCAGGCAGCAACAUCGGCAUCCACAAGAGUCUCGAUUCCUCAAAGACCUGGUGCACAACCCCUGGUUCACAUCCCAGAAGAAGCUUCCAAACCUCCACCUGUAUCUCCUAAAAGUGCCACAACAAGAGCCAAAUGGCUUUCCAUGAUGGAAAAAGGUCCAGUCCCAGCAGUAACACCAGAGCCACCUCGCCUUCCAAAAAAACCACUGGUCAUGCAGGUCACAUCCACUCCAAAGUCUUCUGAGACAGCCUCGUCUUGUGCCACAUCAAGCAUUGCCUCAAGCACAGAGUCGCCGUAUUUCCGCCUGCCAUCUGAGCGAGAUGCAUGCAGCAUUGUUACCGUUGACGCCCACGCGCCUCAUCAUCCUAUUGUUCGUCUGUCUUCAGUGAGCUCCAACACCUGGGAUUGGAGGAGCAGCACCAAUGGAAGUACAGAAGUCCAAGAAACCAGUCGGACCAUGCCCAGGAUGGACUACCGACCUGCUAAAACGGACUCAUUCGGCUCAGAACUGCCACCACACCCAGAUUUGGUGCCACAAUUCCACCGAAAACCUUUAAUACCCACCAAGGAGUGGGAUCCUGGACAGCCGCAUCCUGAACCGGACCAUUUCUUCAAGAACUUGCAGAUAGACCAACAAUUUAAAGAUCCAAACCUUUAAAAGGAGCUGUUGGUGAGCCUCAAGACCAGAGUCUGUUAUGUGGGCCAUCUUACAAGUGUACCAGCAAAUUAAAAAUCAGGCUUCAAAGGAGGGGAAUCUUUGAGAAAAUGUUUGUAUAGUUGAUGAAGUUCAGUGUGAAAUAGUCAUGUAUUUAAGGCAUGUGGGGAAAAGUCACACACCUACAGCAGGUGAGAAUGUGAAGACAAAUAUGGUGGGGUUUAAUGAACAGGAGCUGGCAUUCAGUGAUGAUGUCAUUUUUAUUGAGGAAGCAAAAACCUGGAAGAGAUGGAGAACCGAGACUGGUUUCUUUUCUCUCGAAGGUGGGGUUUUUUGUGAAUGUGGGAACUGAGCUGAACUUUUCUACACUUUACAUGAUGUUCUAUAGCGGUGGAGACCAAUCGUAUCCACGAGUGGAUGGUGUAAGUGCAGGUCAUUCAAAACAGGCAGAAGUCACACCUGGGUCUACUGAGGAGUCUCCUCAAGAACAAAUGAUUAAACAGGAGGAAUUAGACCUGGCUUCUGCUUGCGUGGUUUGAAGACCUGCACCUACUCUGGGUCUUGUGGAUAAGAUUGGACUCAUCCGAUCUACGGGAACACAUUGUUCGUCUUAGGGAAAACAUGAAAUAUUAGUGUUUAUAAAAGCAGGUAAAAAUGAGACGAGCGUUUGGUCAAGCAGGAGACCAUCGUCCUGAAGACGGAGGUGUUUAAAAGAACAAAAUAUUGGCUGAGAUCUAAGAGCUUCUUUUAUUCACCAGCAGAAAGGGUUCAGUAUUAAACAUUGUGUCUUUGUGAGUCGAUGUUAAACCCAGAACCACCUCCUCAAGUCUUCUGACUUUGGAGGAUCUGGAAGUGAAGCCACAGUUUAAAGGCCUGAUUUUCCAUCUCUUUGGCCUUGUGGAGUUUGUUGUGAAUAUGUUGUGUGGUUUAAGUGCGAAUGCUUGGAUGCUGAUACUGGUGUCUGAUACCGGGAUUAUUUACUAUUUAAAAUACUAAAAUACUUCAGUACCAGCAUCUGAUGGAAGGUGAUACGGUGUAAGGUAAUAAUACUGUACCAUGUGGUGCUAAUAAACUGCACAUGCUUUACCAUUAAUGAUCAAAGCAUCAAGUGAGGAACUGCAGCGUUUUACUACAAGUGAUAAAAUAUCUUGAAACUAAAACGGUGGCUUAGUGGUUAGCACGUCCGUCUCACACCUCCAGGGUCGGGGUUCGAUUCCCACCUCCACCUUGUGUGUGUGGAGUUUGCAUGUUCUCCCUGUGCCUCAGGGGUUUCCUCCGGGUACUCCGGUUUCCUCCCCCGGUCCAAAGACAUGCAUGGUAGGUUGAUUGGCAUCUCUGGAAAAUUGUCCGUAGUGUGUGAGUGUGUGUGAGUGUGUGUAUGAAUGAGUGUGUGUGUGCCCUGUGAUGGGUUGGCACUCCGUCAAGGGUGUAUCCUGCCUCGAUGCCCGAUGACACCUGAGAUAGACACAGACUCCCCGUGACCCGAGAAGUUCGGAUAAGCGGUAGGAGAUGGAUGAAUGAAUGAAUGAAUAACGUACCGUGACACUUCGGCCGGAACUGCAUACGUUACCGAGGUUUUAACAGAGUUUUAUGGUGCUUGAGGAGAAAAAAGCUGCAGAUUGUCUGUUUUAGUUAAAAUUUAGAUGCUGUCUGAUUGUGUCACAUGUUCCUGAAAGGAUAAGAAAAAGAAAGUGUGUAAACGUUUCUAGUGUCUAUAAUCAGGUGUUUACUGUGAAAGCUUGUGUAUACACACAUCUGACUCACAGCGUUCUCACUUCCUGCCCAACUCUCAGUACUACAAUAAUGACUUGUAGAGUGUUAGAUCUGAAACUUUCUUCUAGUUCUAUUUAAUUCAAUCUUUUAUAGAUGAAACCGUUCCUUAGAUAAAGUGCUGACUUUUAGCCUCUCAGUUAGAGAGUUUAAAAUACCUACAAAACUGUCAGUCAUUCAAGAUUCACGUGUUGACUGGCACAUGGGAUGGGUUUAUAUCGGGGUGGUGUUUGUUAGGGGCGGGGUUUAUUGUGGUGGUGUUUGUUAGGGGCGGGGUUUAUUGGUGUGGGGUUUGUUAGGGGCGGGGUAUAUUGGGGUGGGGUUUGUUGGUUGCUGUUUAUUGGGGUAGGGAUUUUUGGGGCGAGUUUGUUGGAGAAGGGUCUGUAUGUAUGGAGACUUGAUGAAGGAGUGAAGGUUCUCAUCAUGGCCUCGAUCACAUCCUCGAUACCCGAACCAGCACAGAAAACAGGAAAAGGAAACUGAACCAGCAGGAAGACGAGAUCGUGAUCUUACUGGAGUGAAAUAUGCAACCACACAACUGAGAAUCGGAAAGAUCUCAUUUGACUCUGUUUGUUUCCAUCAUGGAUUUGAAGCUAAAUUAAAAUGUGGAAAAAAUAUUUGUAGAUUUACACUGAUGUGUUGAAGAUCUUCUCCACUAGCGUGAUGUACAGAGACGUUGGAACACGAGAAGACUUUUAUACAAGCAACUGUUUUUGACGUGUGUUUGUUGCAUGAAUUUUAUUUAUGUGUGUUCGUUUGUGGAAGGACUUCUAUAGCAACAAGGAAAUCUUCUUUCUUAUUGAAGUUUUAGUAAAAAAUAAAAUAAAAUUCGAUACAAAUUAUUAUAUAA